AAAAUAAACCCUUGCUCGGUCGAUAGCGCCGCGCCGCCGCUUCCAUCCUCCCGGCGGGUCGUCGGCGCCGUGCCGCGCGGUGCUCUCUCUGGCGCGUCCUCCGCUUCAACUCAUUUCCGACCUCGCUUUUUUGCUGCAGAUGGCCAAGAGGAAGAGAUCCAAGAAAGGAUGGUCCGAGGAACGGAGUUGCCCAACGGCUAGGCUCACUAGCGACCUCUUCAUCGAGAUCAUCUCUCGCCUCCCUGUCAAGGCCGUCGGCCGCGCCAAGUGUGUCUCGAAAACCUGGAGGAACCUAAUCCAGCACCCCGACCACCGCAGCAAGCUCCCCCACGCCCUGGCCGGCUUCUUCUACAACAGAUACAACGACAGCGUAGAGCGACUCCCAUCGACCAUGCCCAAUUUCACCAACGUCUCAGGGGACGUCUGCCCUUUCAACUGCCCCUCAUUCGACUUUCUACCCAUACACCAACGCAUAGAGCUCUUGGACUGCUGCAACGGCCUGCUCCUCCUCCGCCUCUUUGACAACCAGGAUGCUGAUGCUUUCUCUUAUGUUGUGUGCAACCCCGCCACCAAGAACUGGACUGCCCUGCCGAACUCCAUCCAAUCCCGUGUCAAGUUGUGCAUUGUGCGGUUGGGUUUUGACCCAGCUGUGUCGUCCCACUUCCAUGUGUUCGAGUUCUUGGAGGAUGAGUAUGAGUACGAUAUCACUGGAUUGGGUGUAUAUUCGUCUGAAAAAAGUGAAUGGGUUUAUACUGAAGAGAUAGGAUCGGGAGAUGAUAUUAUUCGCCUUCUUCAUGAUAACUCGCCGUCUAUCUUUGUUAAUGGCUGCCUGCAUUUUGUCACCAUGGAACCUGCUGUAGUUGCGGUGGACACAAAGGGGAAAACAUGGAGGAUAAUACGUGCCCCUGAUGGUGGCAGCGAUGAUGAGGAGGCUGGCAUGGGUCAUGGAUUCAUUCAGCAUUCCCAGGGCUGCUUGCAUUAUUCCAACCUUGAGAGGCACGGUGAAGGGAUUCAACUGGUAGUUUAUGUUCUCAUGGAAUAUGGCAGCCAAGAUUGGAUAUUGAAGCACAGCAUUGAUCUUUCAUAUCUAUUUGACUGGAGAAGAGUUGAUCUUUUAGUGGACUUUAACUGGGUAGCAAUUCAUCAGGAAUGUAACCUGAUUUUCUUCACUGCCGGGCCAGAUAACACACUGAUGUCCUAUGAUAUGGAUCGUCAGCAAGUCCGUGUGAUGCAAAGUCUUGGACAUGACUCUGGGACGCACUAUCUGCUGUAUGUGCCAUUAUAUACUCAUAGCUAGAAGCUUUGCACAUGUGACAUCCAUACGGGAUGGGUACCUUUAUAACAAGUAAUCUUUGGUAGGAGUUAAAUUGCUGUGGAGCAGUGGGCUUUGCAUAUCCGCUUAAUUUGGUUCCUGUUGUGUGUGUGGAGCGAUUAGGUCUUUCUUGUUUUGCUUUGGGCGGCAAUGCUGGUAGUUUGUUAAUGAAGAUUUUGUGGUUAGUUCCUGUGUCUUUGUAACAAUGGUUUAAAUUGCUGGACCCACAUGUUGCUAGUGUUUAAUUAUGAUCAUUAUUGAAACGACA